GGGCAACUCGGGACAGUCUUUGGCGGCAGCUCGACACGGUCGGAUCGGAUCGGAACGGAAUAUAUAUUUAUAUAUACUUCAUAUAAAUAACCAACAGCCACCUCGAUGGGCGUCAUCUACAAAAUACUCAAGCAGCAACGCCAGCAGCACCAUCGGAGCCAUCAUCUCACCAUGGAUCUCAGCCUGAGCUCCACCACCCGGUGCAAGGUGCAGGCGGCCAUCAAGCAGCGACAGCAGCAUAGACUGGAGCAGAGCCAAGAGCUGGAGAAGGAGCGGGAACAGCACCAAGAGCCAGCGCGAAGGCAGGAGCCCGAUGGCCAGUGCAUGGAGAUCGAUGACAAAGAAGAGCUGGCCGAGCAGCAGCUCCAGCAGCUGUGCCGCUUCCUGGCCGACAAUGCAGCCCGCAAGAAGCGUCAGCGUUUCAAGUUGCAAUAUCAAGAUCAUGAUCGGGUUCUGGAUCAGCAGCGGGAGCAGGAGCUGGAGCAAGAGCCCUAUUCGCCGCCGCCGCCACAUGAAAUGGCCAUGGAGUUCAUAGAUCAGCUCCAGCAAUCCUCGCCAGCAGCGAUGAUCAGCAGCACCAGCAGCAGCAGCAGCCCUGCAACGGCGCCACGUGAUAGCAUCCUGCUGAAGAUACGCCACCAAAUCUUUGAGAGAAAGCGCCAGAGACAACGUCAGCUGGCGGAGUUGGUGCAGCAGCGUCUGGUGGUCUGGAGACCCUGGUAGGGAGUAUACCCAGAGAGAUUCUGAGAGAGAGAGAUCCGGGAACUGAGACUAGUCUAAGUGUUAGCUGUAAGAACGAUUUCGGUAUUAUUCCUGCUGCUGUGUGAUCAACGCGCUGCUCUUCCAUUUUCCCCAAGCAACUCUUUUUUUUUUUUUUGUAUGUUAAUAAUAAUUUAGCAAUAAAGAUUUAUUUUUCGAAAAAAUGAAAUACUCUUGAAAUGCACUUGAAAGUCCGCAGCUGUAUUUUCUCAAGAUUUUAUUUAUUGAACAUUGACACCA